CAGAGGACUGGUGGGAUGUGGUCGGGGCUGCCCCCUCCCAGCCCGGGAAGACCCCGCCCACUUUCCCAAGCUCCUCCUACCUCUUUCGUGAUUGGCUGAGCUGGAAAUAUGAAUCUGGGGCGGGGCGGAGACUGUCGCUCUUAUACCGCGGCGGAGAGCAGCGUGAAGCUUAAGAUGAGACCAGCGGAAGGCGAGCAGAGUAGUGGGUGUCGUCGCUCACUCCCUGCCAGUGACGACUAACACAGUGACGAGUGCGAGUCAUGUCCCCACGGCCAGCCAGCCCAGGCAUGGACUCGAUUUGUGGGCGUGAGUCUUCGGUGUCGCCGCCCACGGUGGUGGCGCCCGUAGCCGUCAAAGCUUCACCCUUAAGCGACGCCCACGCGAUGCCCGUGCCCACAGACCAGCAGCGCCUGCUGUACCAGCUGGCCCUGGCUGAGCGUCUGCGUCUGGCCUCUGCCGGUCUGGCCUGGGCCAGACCACCACUCUCAGCCCAUCACCACCACCUUCAGGAGGCCAGCAUGGGCGGCAACUUUAUGGGUGGACUGGGUAUGCCGAUGAUGGGCGGCCUGGGGUCUAUGGCGUUUGGAGGAAGCUUUAUGGGUGGCGCGUCCACCCAAGUGCCGCAAGCCACGUACCCGCCGCCCCACCCACUCUACGGCUACAGGCUCCUUGACCCUCGCAUGCUGUUGCCCCGGGGACCCGAGGAGCCCAAGCCCCAGCACUCCUACAUCGGACUCAUCGCCAUGGCCAUCCUCAGCAGCCCGGAUAAGAAGCUGAUUCUGAGCGACAUCUACCAGUAUAUCCUGGACAACUAUCCCUACUUCAGAUCCCGAGGCACUGGAUGGCGCAACUCCAUCCGUCACAACCUCUCCUUAAACGACUGUUUUAUGAAGUCGGGCCGCUCCGCCAACGGGAAGGGCCACUACUGGGCCAUCCACCCCGCCAACAUUGAUGACUUCAGGCGGGGAGACUUCCGCCGGCGGCGAGCCCAGCGCCGCGUCAGGAAACACUUGGGACUCGCCGUCGACGACGACUCAGAGCCUGAGGCGUUGUCGCCCCCGCCACCAGCCCUGCCCUCUGCCCACGACACGCCCGCCCUCGACCUGCCUUCCUCGGACACACCUGCGCCAGGCCUCACCGCCCGCCCGGCCGCUACGGACGCCGCAAUCUGCAUCACCAGACCAAAGCGUCAGUUCGACGUCCUGAGUCUCCUGGCGCCUGACCGUCCACCGCUCCACCACGAUGACAUUGACGGUAUUAUGGGCGAGACCUGCAUGGAGGUGGGCGCCCCGGCCGAUCACCGCCUCCAGGCCAAGGGGCACCACCUGCACCUCACCGAUGACCUUCGCUUGAAGGUCAUAGAUGAGCACCGCCUGCAGAUGGUCCAAGAUCAACGUAUCAAGGUCCCUGAAGAUCAUCUGCAGCAUAAUAGUGGGGACGACCUACAGGUGGGUGAGGAGCAGCACCUGCAGGUGGUGAAGCAUCACCCACGGCAUAGCGACGCCCCGCACCUACAGGUCGCCACCGACCACCACCUGUUGAGUGAGGCCAACCACCAUAUACAGGGGAACAAAGGCAACCUUCUGCAGCAGACCAAAGACCACCACCACCACCACCUUCAAGACCUUGAGGACCACAGCCAAAAGGAGAGGUCCCGGCUGGAGGUUAGGGAGGACCACGGGGGCCCCUCCUGCACCAUCAAAAGUGAGGUCACGCAGCCGGAGAUGCGGUCCGAGGAGGGCCAUGAUAGUGUAAGCGGCGACCCGCCAUCUGUCUGCUGGACGACAGGUGGUUGGCCCCGUCGCGGCCUCCACUACGGCGACAACACCCUCGAGGGCCACUCCUCGAGGGCCUCCCCUUUCAACUUGUCCUCGGGGAGCGGUCAGCAGCGCCCCGUUAUGCCGCUCCCCAUCACCCCAGUCGCCCCUCAACAAGCCCACGCCCACACCACAACCUCCGCGCCCUACUCCGCCCACACCCCUACCUCGCCGCACGCCGUCCAGAUCACCCUCUCCGUAUCACUACCUAAGACAGCUGACGCCGCCCAGUAGGAGACGACCGUCGCCCUCGUCACACACGUUAAUUGUAUGGCCACCUGCUCUAACAUUUAUGUUACUCUCAACAUAUAUAACAUGGCCACCUGUAGUCUUUCUGUUACUGUCAACCCUUAAUUUAUUAUAUGACCUGCUGUAACAUUUCUGGUACGUGUGUCAACAGUAUUAGAUCUAUUUUUUCUUAGUAAAACAGAGCCUUUAAAACUUGUUUCACCAUUCCUGUUUCAGACAAUAUUAUUGUCACUGUUCUUCAGUGCAAAGCCAAAUUGCCCGAUUAAAAGGACGCAUACAUUAUUUUUCACCUCCUAUGAAUAAUUAAAUGGUGUAGCUGUUAACGAUGCUGUAUAAUAUAUGUCGGUCGUUAAUACGCCAGUAAUGAUAAGCAUAAAUUUUAAACGUGUGAAAUCCGUAUAUAAUAAAUUAUAAAUUGGCAUAAUU